GCGCCUCCUAGCAAUGUGCCGCCAUGGCAACGGGGAGGGGAGAGCCGGAAGUGGCGUGAGACUCGUUCCGGCCGGCGGCGAGAUGGCGGCGGGGGCGGCGGAGCUGCAGCGGCUGCAGUGGCGGCUGGAGGAGCUGGAGCAGCGCGUCGGUGGCGGCGACGGGGCCGGAAAGGUCGCGGACGAGCUGGUGAAGGUGCAGGUGGCGCUGAGCAAUAUUGCCGGCAAGAAGGAGAGGAUCAAAAUUCUAUUUAAGAAAAUUGAAGAUGUAAUAAAGUACCUGGACCCUCAGUACAUUGAUAGGAUGGCUGUUCCAGAUGCCAUGAAGCUGCAAUUCAUCUUGGCAGAGGAGCAGGUUAUUCCUUCCCGAGCAGCCCUUCUGGAGCAGGUGAAGAACCUCCAGCCCAUCUUGGACAGCACCAGUAUCCAAGCGGUUCCUGACCAUGCAGCCAAACUACAGCGACUCUCUCAAAUCCACAUACAGCAGCAGGAACAGCGUCAAGAUCUCACCAAUGGUGUCAAGAAGCUCCUUGAAGACUACAACAAAAUGACCCUGCUUCUCUCCAAGCAGUUUAUCCAGUGGAAUGAAAUACUGACACAGCUGGAAGCAGCCAAGGAAGCCAAACCUGCGGCAGAGUAAUGGAGGGGACUCUGCUGGCCUUGGGUCUCUCUGGAGAGGCCGCAGAAUGGCGCACACCCCCUUGUCUCCACAUCUACCCACUCAGCAUGAGCAUGCUGCAAGUGACAUUGCAGGCUCUCGGGAAGCACCCUGGCUCUGUGGCUGAGCUGUCCUGGCCUUGAAUUGAAGCCACACUACUCCUUUAAUAUGCCACUGAUUGCAAAUCUUGCACUUCCCUGAAAUAUAUUUUGGUUUGUAACAUAUUUAAAACCCCCUUUCCGCUCUUUCUGUGAACGGUAGUAAAGUCCUGAAGUGGUAA